UUUUUUUUUGUCCACACCGCGUACCACACCGAACCAUUAGACCGUAACAAGUCGUGUUUUAUUGCGUUCUUCAGUAUUUCCAAGCAAACGAAUAAAUUAAUUUACACAUUGCAGUUCUUUAAUAUCAAUUCCGCCAUGGGUAUUACUGGUUUAGCCAAACUUAUCGCAGACAUAGCGCCCAAUGCCAUCAAAGAAAAUGAAAUAAAAAAUCAUUUCGGACGAAAAAUUGCGAUUGAUGCUUCGAUGAGUCUUUACCAGUUUUUGAUUGCAGUUCGCAGUGAAGGAGCACAGCUGACUAGCGCUGAUGGAGAAACAACUAGUCAUAUUAUGGGUACUUUUUAUCGUACUAUAAGACUUUUAGAUAAUGGUAUAAAGCCAGUGUAUGUAUUUGAUGGUAAACCGCCAAAAAUGAAAUCUUCAGAAUUAGAAAAAAGAGCGGACAAAAGGCAAGAAGCACAAAAAGCAUUAGAAAAAGCAGAAGAACUCGGUAAUACUACUGAAAUUGAUAAAUUCAGUAAAAGACUUGUAAAAGUGACAUCUACUCAUACAAAUGAAUGCAAAGAAUUAUUAAAAUUAAUGGGAGUUCCUUAUGUUGAGGCUCCGUGUGAAGCUGAAGCUCAGUGUGCUGCAAUGGUAAAAGCUGGUAUAGUAUAUGCUACUGCUACUGAGGAUAUGGAUGCUUUGACAUUUGGUUCACCAGUCUUAUUGCGUCACAUGACAUUCAGUGAAGCCAGAAAAAUGCCAAUUCAAGAGUUUCAACUAGACACAGUAUUGGAAUCAAUAGAAAUGACUAAAAAUGAAUUUAUAGAUCUCUGUAUACUGUUAGGAUGCGAUUAUUGUAACAGUAUUAAAGGUAUUGGACCCAAAAAAGCUAUUGAAUUGAUUCGACAAUAUAGAUCAUUAGAAAAUAUACUGGAGAAUUUAGAUACCAAAAAGUAUCAAGUUCCAGAAGAUUGGCCAUUUAAGGAAGCUAGGCGAUUAUUUAUAGAACCAGAAAUCACGGAACCUUCAACUUUAGAAUUAAAAUGGGUAGAUCCAGAUGAAGAAGGGCUUGUAAAAUUUUUGUGUGGUAAUAGAGGGUUCAGUGAAGAAAGGGUAAGAAAUGGAGCUAAGAAACUAUUAAAAUCACGAUCUGGUACAACUCAAGGCAGAUUGGAUUCAUUUUUCUCAAUUUCUUCUACACCAAACAAACGUAAAGUUGAAGAAGCAAAAUCAGCAGCAAAUGCCAACAAAAAAUCAAAAAAGGGAAAUACUGCUAGACGUGGUCGACCCAAAUAAGCCGAUAUAAUUCUUUUUUGUAAUUUAAAAUUUAUCAAAAAUAUGAUAAACAAUAUUUUUUUCCUUUAAGGCUUAAAUUAUCUGUAUAU